UGCUUGUGACGUCAAACGUCUGCGCCGAUCUUGACCACGUGGGGACGUUUUUUUGCAGAGGUAGCAAAACAUCCGCAGUGACGCUUGCCUGUGUGCCCGCGAGGAUGAAAACAACUUUCAGUGUUUCUUUGUGACAGUAAAAAGAAACUCAACAGAGAGAGAGAAAGAGAGAGAGAGCCUCGGAGGUUUCCCCCAUCAGCGUCACUUUUUCUAGACCAUGCCCCACGACCCCGACCCUCCUCCGGCUAAAAGGUUCAAGCCGGGGUCUGUUUUCUUCCGUCUCGACAGGAAUAAGCCUGGUAUGCUGCUGCCUAGAAAGGGGAAUGCAACCACUCCACUAGAAGUCCAGAGGAAACAGCUUCCUAUCUACCAGGCCAAACCUCAGCUCCUGAACCAGCUGAGGCAGCUGAGCAGUGCUGUUCUGAUAGGGGAGACUGGCUCUGGGAAGACCACUCAGAUCCCUCAGUAUCUGUAUGAGGCCGGCAUCGGACGUCAGGGCAUCGUUGCCAUCACUCAGCCCCGAAGAGUUGCUGCGAUCUCUCUGGCAGGACGGGUGGCAGAGGAGAAGAGGACUCAGCUGGGCAAACUGGUCGGCUACACCGUACGCUUUGAAGAUGUCACCUCCUCUGAGACGAAGCUGAAGUUCAUGACAGAUGGGAUGCUCCUGCGUGAGGCCAUUGGAGACCCCUUACUGCUGCGCUACACUGUGGUGGUCCUGGACGAGGCUCAUGAGCGCACUGUGCACACUGAUGUGCUGUUUGGUGUGGUGAAGACGGCUCAGCGCCGACGCAGAGAGCUUAACAAGAUCCCACUGAAGGUGAUCGUGAUGUCAGCUACCAUGGAUGUGGAUUUGUUCUCCGAGUACUUCAACAAGUCGCCCGUACUCUACCUGGAGGGCAGACAGCAUCCCAUUCAGAUCUACUACACCAAGCAGCCGCAGUCAGACUACCUGCAGGCCGCGCUCGUCUCCGUCUUCCAGAUCCAUCAGGAGGCACCGCCGUCCCAUGAUAUCUUAGUGUUCAUGACGGGUCAGGAGGAGAUCGAGGCUCUUGCCAGGACGUGUCGAGACAUCUCCAAGCAUCUCCCUGACGGCUGCAGUCCCAUGGUGGUUAUCCCUUUGUACGCGUCGCUUCCUCCUGCACAGCAGCUCAGGGUCUUCCAGGCCGCUCCGAAGGGAUGUAGGAAGGUCAUCCUCUCGACCAACAUCGCCGAGACGUCGGUCACCAUCUCUGGGAUCAAAUACGUCAUCGACACGGGGAUGGUGAAGGCCAAACGCUUCAAUCCUGACAGCGGGCUGGAGGUCCUGGCAGUGCAGCGGGUCUCUAAAGCUCAGGCGUGGCAGCGGGCCGGCCGGGCUGGCAGGGAGGACUCGGGCUCCUGCUAUCGUCUGUACACGGAGCAGGAGUUUGACAACUUCAUCCCCAUGACUGUGCCUGAGAUCCAGAGGUGUAACUUGGCUGGUGUGAUGCUGCAGCUCAUGGCUCUGGGGAUUCCAGAUGUCAUGAAUUUUGAUUUCAUGUCAAAGCCUUCUCCAGAGGCCGUCCGCUCUGCCGUGGAGCACUUAGAGCUGCUGGGAGCUUUGGAGAGGAAGGAGGGCCAGGUCCUCCUCACUGCUCUGGGGAAGAAGAUGGCCAGCUUCCCUCUGGAGCCCAGAUACGCCAAGACCAUCCUGCUGUCCCCCGACUACUCGUGCUCCGAGGAGAUUCUCAGCAUCGUGUCUCUGCUCUCGGUGGACACCGUGCUGUUUAACCCUCCUGCCCGGCGGGAUGAGGUGCUCGCUGCACGCAAGAAGUUCAGCUCCAGUGAAGGAGACCACAUGACCCUGCUCAACAUUUACAGGGCGUUCAAGAAAGUCAGCGGUAACAAGGAGUGGUGUCGGGAGAACUUUGUCAACAGCAGGAACAUGGGUCUGGUGAAAGAGGUCCAGGCUCAACUCAAAGACAUCUGCCUUAAGCUUAAUUUGAAGAUGGAGUCUUGCGGGGGGGAAACAGGGAACGUCCGCCGCUGCCUUGCCCACGGGAUGUUCGUCAACGCCGCCGAGCUCCAACCUGACGGGAGCUACUUAGCCCUCGACACCCACCAGCCCGUGGCCAUCCACCCCUCCUCCGUCCUUUUCCAGGCCAAGCCAGCGUACGUGGUGUUCAACGAGCUGCUGCACACGUCCCGCUGCUACAUGAGAGACCUGUGUUUGGUCGACGCCGACUGGCUGCUGGACGCAGCGCCAGAAUACUUUGGACGCAAACUCCGCCCAACCAAGAGCUAACGGAGAGAGAAAGAGGACGGAGGAAGGACCAAUCAGCAGGUGACAAAUAACAAUUGAUGCAUUCUGAAUUUGGAGAAAAGACACUUGGUAAUUUCCUACAGAAACAAAUCGGACCAGAACACUUUUUGUGCAGAACACGUCUCUGGAUUUCACUACCUCUCAGUUGACGAGCGUUUGGCUCGCGUCAACGAAGCAGAACUCUGAAGGCCUCUCAACGUGGACUUCCUUCAGAUUUUAGAAACGAGAAAACAAUGUUUCCUCUGCCUGAUAACAUCUAAUCUGCACUUUUUGCAAAAUGUCUUUUUUGAGAUGUCACGCAUACAUUCAACCUUUGCAUGCAUCUAACAGCACAGAUAGUUUUCAAAGAAGCAGUAUGUUGUUUAUCAAAUCACACAUUGUAUAAUACCAUUCUCCAAAAACAACACGCCAGCUGCUCUACAAAGUGGAGCUGAUGGUUGUUCUCUUCUUCUUCACUCCUCCUCAGAAAGUUAGCUUGAACUGGAAAAGGCGUGUUGAUCAUUUUUGAUAAGUAAGUUAUUGGUUUUUAGGAAGUGGUCUUUUAUUAAAGGGUCACUAAACCCCAGAGUUUCAGCUAAAGUGCAUCAGGUUAGCAAGUUUAGCUCGGUUAUUUAGGCCUGAGCGACGACUCGAGUAGCAGCAACUAAACGGCCGAUGACGAGGACAGGGAAGGGCGGGAGAGGAGAGCGUCUCUGAAUGGUUUACGAUGCCCCCUUGAGGAUUUGGAUGGUAUGGCCUUAACAAUUUUAAAUUAAAAGCCCCCCUUACAAUCGCCAUAUUUCACGUCAAGCAAAUUAGAUUUCAGAUAUAAUCAAUUCGUUCAAUCCUCUCAUCCCACUUGACGAGUCUGCUGGGUCACUAAAGCUGGCAGUACUAUCGUCACCUGCCUCCAGACAGUCAAUCCAUUAUCGAUACUGCUUUUCCCGUUUGGAGUCGUGGGGGAGCCGAUCCCAGCUGUCAUUAGGAGGCGUGGUUACACCCUGGAUUGUUCACCAGUCAAUCACAGGGCUGACAUAUAGAGACAGACAACCAGCCACACUCACAUUCACACCUACGGGUAAUUUAGAGUCUCCAGUUAACCUAACGAGCAUGUCUUUGGACUGUGGGAGGAAGCCAGAGUACCUGGAGAGAACCCACACAUGCACGGGGAGGUUCCUGUCAGACAGGGAUUCAAACCAGGAACCUCCUCACUGUGAGGCAACAUCACUAACUACUGCAGCACUGUGCAGUCUGCCUCUACAUCAGCCAAUAGAAAUAUAUAUUUGCAGUUCCAACCUGUAGAGGGCAGUCUCUGCACAUUUCUAACCAAAUGUGAAAAAUUGCAAUACGUAGUCAAAUGAAGAGAUCUUGACCUGGAUAAAUCAACACCGGUACUUAAUACCCGUAUACAGCAGUGAUCCUGGGGUUCAGUUACUCUUUAAUGCAAAGACGGUAGAUUUGUCUUAAUACAUGAACCAGCUUUUGAAAACUAAAAUCACCAAAGGGGGCGUUUUUUACGUGCUCACAGGGACAUGAUUCACUCAUCUCUUGAGCCUCUGCAUGCCUUUUGUUCACAUCCAUGAUUGUAACACUAGGUCGCUGUUCAUGCACAUCAGGGGAAGUAGCAUGCCUUACUCUCCAGGUUCCACUCUUUGACACCACAUGUAACUCAGCCCCCCCUCCUACACAGACUAACCAUCGAUGUAUGCCGACAGAAAAUGUAUGCAAUGCAUGGAGAUUAGAGUUAGCCACGUGACCUCUCAGGUCUCUCAUAGAAUCAUCACCAUGUGGAGGAAUACCAUGGAUGCUCCUCUCGUCUUUUUUGCACUGGACUCAGGAUUGUACAAUAUUCACUGUAACCUGAAUAAAUGACAUAAACAGUUUAUAACUUUUAA